GGCGCUGCUGAGGUUACUGUCACUGGCCAGAUCACGUGUGACAUGGCAGGUGGCAGCGGGCUCGACGCCACAUAUCAGGGCGCCCUCGGCCCAUCCGCCGCCGUCCUCGCGCCCGUCCUCUCCCAGGCCUCCGCCGCCGCGCCAUCCGCCGCCGUCCUCGCGCCCCGUCCUCUCCCAGCCCUCCGCCGGCGCCCCAUCCCCGCCGUCGUCGCGCCCCGUGACCGCCGUCGUUGUCGCGCCUCCGGGAAUCCGUCGCGCUCCCGGCCGUCCUCGGCCAUUGGUCGCGUCCCUGGCCGUCCCCGGGCUUCCCACCCGCCGCCGGCGUCGUCGUCGAGGGCAGGGCUCCGACCUCGCCGGCGUUUGGCGCAGCUCGCCGGCUGUCGCGGGUCUCACGCCGGCUGCAGGACUGCUUUGGCCGGCCGAUUGCCAGUGCGCCAGAUGCUUGGUUCGAUGUGGUUGAGCGCUACUCAAAUGACUGCACGUGCAGUGUUCGAGUUGACGGAGGUUGGUGCUUAUUUUUAUCAAACUGAAGAAGAUUCAAUGAACAAUGGCAAGAACUCUGAUGCUGUUGUGCUAGGUUGGCAGGGUCAUCUUGGUGUACAUCGUAUGCCUCAGUUUGGCCUUUCUGUGCACCUCUGGGCCCUUUUUCUUGUCCUUUUGUUUCUGGAGAAAUUUAGAUUUUGUACAGUAUGUAUCAUCCACCAUAGUUCAACAGGCAGAUAGGCAUUGUCAUCGAAUUCAGAAAAGCAAUUUUCCCAGUUACCUCUUUAAACCGUAUAGACUAUGUGACUGAAACCAUGUAGAUAUUUGCAGUAUUAUUAUCUAUCAUUCUGGUUGUUUUGAAUUGGUACGUAGAUGAGUCCAAUCUUUGAAACCAUGUAACAAAUCUGGAGUACAGAAAUGUAAAAGGCAGCAGAGUUGAGUCUGAAUCUUUUGGUGAGUUGUGCUUAGUGUUGAUUAAUCUGACUGAGUGAUCUUAUCAGUCACCAGAGGCCCAUAAGUUGCAGUUACUCAGUAUGCUUUACUUCAAGGACAUGGAGACGGUGAUUUCAUGGUGAUUAAGUAAGUUAAUCUUUUGUCAGUAACUAGUACCAGGCCUUUGGGCCCUUGACUGAAUGUGGAUGUGACAUUGUGCUAGGAGUGCACAAGCAUGUGAUGCAAUUGAACUGGAGCACACGGCCUUUCUGGUUUAAUAUGCUUCUGUUUGUCUUGUUA